AUGCAGCGGCAGAACGCGCCCGUCGCUGCUAUGGGACGGCACGCGGCCCCCCACCAUGCGCCGCUCGCCGCGGCCGCGCCCGCGGCCGCUGCCGGCGCAGGAGGCGCCGCCUGCGCCUCCCCGCCAAGCGCGCAGCAGCCAGGCUCGUCCUCUGGCGACAGCGCCCGCGGCCGCAGGCCGCGCGGCCGCAAGCGCGCCCGCGGCGGUGACGGCGCGGCGUCACCCGAGCGCCCCGCCAGGACCGACUGCCAUCUGGAUCCCAUCGACUCUGAGGCCAAGCUCAAGCGCCAACAAGACCUGAAUAAGGCGGCGCAGCAGCGCUACAGGCAGCGGCGCAAGGAGCGGCAGUCCACCAUUGAAGCUUCCCUGGAGGGCAUGCGCGAGCGCAACGCCGCGCUGCAGGCGCAGGUCGCGACGCUGCACUCGGCGCUGCUGGGCGGGCCGCUCGCGUGGCCGGCUGCGCUGGCGCCGGCGCAGCUGCUGCCUGCGGUGCCUGCGGUGCCGCUGCUUCCGUUGGCGGCGCCGGCGCCGGGCGCUGCGUUGGUGGCGCAGCAGGUGGGCGCCAACCUGCUGGCACCGAUCCAGCUGUCUUGCGAGCAGCCGCUGCCGCCGCCGCAGCAGCCGCAGCAGCAGCAGCCGCAGCAGCAGCCAUCGCCGCUGCUGGCGCUGGACAGCGCCGUGCGCGCCGCCGCCGCCGGCUGCGCCGCCGCGGUGGACGUGUCCUGUGGCGGCGGCUGCCUGCAAGCUGCCGCGGGCGCCGGCGUCGGCGCCGCAGCCAGUUGCGGCGCCGGCGCCUGCGGCGCGGCGCCGGCGCCUGGGAGCAUAGGAGAGAAGCAGCGGUGGCUUGAGAUCCUUGCGGAGAUCUCUCUGUCCGAUGACCAGAUCCAAGAUCUCCUGCGCCUGAGGCAUGACCUGGUGUCCUCCCUUGCCGCGUGCCUUGAUGCCCGCCACGCCCUCGCGGCCGAGCUGCUGCUGGGCCCGGAUGCUACCGCCGCCGCGGCCGCUGCCGCCGCGCCGCCGCGCCCGGCGUGUGGCUACGGGCCCCGGGAAGCGCCGGGCGGCGGCGCGGCGGCGGCGGCGGCGCGGCUGCAGGCCCUGGGGUAUGUGGGCGCCGUCGCCCGGGAGUCGCUUGCGGCGCGAGGCGUGCUGGAGAGGUUGCAGGAGAGCAUCGCGCACGAGGGGCAGCUGGUCAGCAGCUUCACGCUGGCCGUGCUGACCGGGACGCUGGCAGCCGAGCAGGCGGCGGUCGUCAUGGCGCGCCACCCCAACGCAGCAGACGUCAUCGGGCUUACUAAUGCGCUGAGCGAGAUCUGCGACAUGGUGCCGCGCCUUGGCGCGAUCUGCGGCGCUGCCGCCCCCGCCGCCGCCGUCGUCACCGCCGCCGCCGCUGCCGCGGCCGCCGCCAUGCGGCGCGCCGCCGCCGCCGCCGCCUCCCAUGCGGGCGGCGGCGGGGCGGCGCCGGCCGGCGCCGCCACGGCCAAGCCCGGGGCGCUGCUAUUGGGGGGCGUCAGCGGCGGCGCGCCCGCGCUGCAGCCGCCGCUGCAGAACCCGCUGUGGGUGCAGCUGCCCGACGGCCUGGCCCACCAUUUCAUUCUCCCGAGCGGCUUUGCUGGCUGCGACACGGGCAGCAGCAGCCCCGCGGCGGCGCCUCCCCUUGAGGCCGCGCCCGGGUCGCUGCUGAGCGGCGAUGAUGACUCACUAUUCGUUGCGCUCGGCCUGCUGCUGCCAGAAGUCGAGGGCGGGCUUUGA